AUGCCUGCUGCGUCGGAUUCUCAGCCUACCGUCAACGCGAAGUCUGGGGGCAGAAUUGGCAAAAAGGGGACACAGCAUGCCACUGCCCGUCGGAAGAGAGAGCCUUACACAACCCAGGCCUGCAAUCGAUGCAAAACCGCCAAAGUUCGUUGUGAUGGCCGUCUUCCAUGUUCAUACUGCGCAGCGCGUGACCCAUCGAUGUGUCGCUACAUUGCACAGCAGCAUUUGCCCAGUUUCUUGGUGGAAGAACGACAGGAAGAGCACGCCAACCAACCCCAACCAACCCUCGAAGCUGUCAAGCGUCCUGCAAGGACUGACUUCAACAGGGACGGUGAAGACCACUUCCAUGCGUCGCUGUUGGCGCUCCUUGAGCAACAGGGCCAGAAGCUAGACCUCCUGACGGGACAAAUGGCAAUGUUGACCGGCGUUCAAAAGCUGCCUGACCCACUGGGUUCGAGGGAACACGGCUUCGAGGCACCUUAUAAAAGGCCAUUGCCCUUACUCCACAGCCAGACGAGCUCUCUAUUUUGCAUAAAUGUGAUUGACUCUGGACCCCAAAAGUUCGACAGGUCUGUAAAGCCAACCUCACAACUUGCCUCGUCGCCAACAUCCACGCCGUCUCCUUUCUGGAUCAUCCAGGGCGAGAUCAUCGACGGGGAAUGGAGCGACAUGAGCCAGAGCGAUGUGCCUGAUACUCCGAACUCGGAAUCACACGUGCACCUGCCCCAAAUACAUUCUCCCUUGAGCUUGAUCCACCCGCUGGAAGAGCUAGACGACAACCAUAUUAUGCAAACUAUCGAAUCGUAUGGGCUUCUGGAAGGACUCAUGUAUCCCAUUGUCGACACGGCCAACAUUAUGCGAAUAGCGGAACGUUUUGCAGACGUGCGGGCACGUUCCUCGAAUCAUAAGCCGCCCGAGUUCCCGACAUUAGAAAUAUGUCGGAGCGAUCUGAUUAUUCUCAAACUCAUUUUAGCCACAGGGCUGCUUACAGAGGGUGACAUGCACAACACAAUGGCGCUGAAACUUUUCCAGAGCGUCCAAUCUGAGGUGGAAUCAAUGCUCUGGAGCGAUACUAUGGACCUGAAGGAUUUGGUAUCCAUGACAUUGAUGAGCAUUUUCUAUCUCCGUCGGGGAAUAUGGCGCCGCGGAUGGCGCUUCCUGGGAAACGUCACACGAAUCAUCCUGGAGCUGGGGUUGAACCGAGAGAUUGCGCUCGUCCGCUCGUUCCCUGAUACAUCAACUCGUAUGUGGGCCAUCAACACUAUCUGGACAAUUUACGUCCUGGAACGCCAGCUCAGCUACGGGCUGGGAGUGGCAAACGCGGCUCAAGAGCUCCGUCUCGAGCCAACAUUCCCCCGACCUGUUGGGGCAGUCUUCUUGACAGCCAUGGCCGAGUACGCACGGAUCGGGAAGCAAGCCACUGAUGAUCUCUUUUGUGACAGAAGAGAUACUAGACCUCAGCUACUGCAUAACUGGCGAGAAAAGUAUGCAUUUUUCCAGUACCAACUUGAACGAUGGACGCAACACACCUCGAGCGACUUGGAACAUACCAGUAGCGCCGGUGAAGAGGCGAGUGCAGCUCUCCAUCUCGUGCGCACAACCCUCUCCUUGCGUGCAAACCAUCUUCGCACCCUCAUCUCCCGGGCCUUUCUCUGCUCAACUCUCCGUGACGCGGCUCCAUCAGAUAUCUGGACCACAUCUGUAGACGUGGCCGCAGACACGGUGCAAAUAGUGACAGGAUUAGAUAAUUCGAAAAAGGAAUUCCGCUUCCACCAGGCCCUGUUCAACCAUUUCCUCAUCUCAGCUUUGGAUGUCCUGCUUUUCGCGACCACGUUCGGCUCUUCAAAACGCGGAAAUCCCUCUGCCAAUGGAAAGGAGAUCGUCAUAACGGAAGCCACUCAGGUCAAAGCGCGACAGAGUUCCUUGGUCUCACUGAACCUUCUUCGUACCCUGGCUGACACCACACACCACUCCAAAUAUCUCUGGGAACGCAUGCGAGGAGUGGCGGCUCAUCUGAAUUUGAAUAAUUAUUUGUUCACUCCGACGCUAGGUCCACACGACACUUCCGGUACAGAUGCAGGCCCAGAACUCUUGGAGCAGUCUGUUGCAAGAGCGCCAGCCGUCCAGGCGAACACGGACAAGAGGGCGGGGCAAGCAAAUAGCAUGAGUGUUAGCCAAGACGAAACCAAUAUCGGAGGACCAAAGCUUUCUCGCCAGACCGAGGAUCACGCUGUCUGGGACUGGAGCGGAGACCUGCUCCUGUCAGAGUUUGAGUUUCUGACAGAUACAGCACCCUAG